CCCUCAACUUUGGCCAGAAUGGAGCAGGCCAAGGGUGUUGAUUGGACAGUCAUCAUCCUGACGUGCCAGUACAAGGACAGUGUCCAGGUCUUCCAGAGAGAGCUGGAGGUGCGGCAGAAGCGAGAGCGGAUCCCCGCUGGGACGUUGUUACUGGCUGUGGAGGACCCCGAGAUGUGUGUGGGCAGUGGAGGAGCUACCCUCAACGCCCUGCUGGUGGCUGCUGAACACCUGAGUGCCCGGGCAGGCUUCACUGUGGUCACAUCAGAUGUCCUACAGGCAGCCCGGAUCCUCAUCCUGCACAUGGGCCGAGACUUCCCCUUGGAUGACUGUGGCCGGGCCUUUACCUGCCUCCCUGUGGAGAACCCCCAGGCCCCUGUGGAGGCUGUGGUCUGCAACCUGGACUGCUUGCUGGAUAUCAUGACCCACCGGCUAGGCCCCGGCUCCCCACCAGGUGUGUGGGUCUGCAGCACCGACAUGCUGCUCUCCGUUCCUCAAAACCCAGGGAUCAGCUGGGAAGGUUUCCAAGGAGUCAGAGUGAUCGCACUUCCUGGGAGCCCAGCCUACGCUCAGAAUCAUGGCGUCUACCUCAGUGACUCCCAGGGUGUCGUUUUGGACAUCUACUACCGGGGCACUGAGGCAGAGAUACAGUGCUGUGCCAGGCCUGAUGGGAGGGUGCCACUGGUUUCUGGGAUUGCCUUCUUCUCCGUGGAGACUGCCGAGCGCCUUCUGGCCACCCACGUGAGCCCUCCUCUGGACGCCUGUACCUACAUGGGCUUGGAUUCUGGAGCCCGGCCUGUUCAGCUGUCUUUGUUUUUCGACAUCCUGCUGUGCAUGGCUCGGAACGUCAGCAAGGAGGACUUCCUGGUGGGGCGGCCCCCAGAGAUGGGGCAAGGCGACACAGGCACACCAAGCUAUCUGCAGGGUGCCCGGGCUGAGCUGUGGAGGGAGCUCCGCGGUCAGCCCCUCACCAUGGCUUACAUCCCCGGUGGCAGCUACACCUACAUGAUCUCCCUAGCCAGUGAGUUCCUGCAUAGCCUGACACUCCCCGGCACCUCCAGGGCCCAGAUUGUGCACUCUCAGGUGGAGGACCUGGAGCUCCUGGUGGCUGGGAGCUCCGUGGUCAGCUGUCUGCUGGAAGGCUCUGUCUGGCUGGGUCCUGGGAGUGUCCUGCAGCAUUGCCACCUGCGGGGCCCCAUUCACAUCGGCCCCGGCUGCUUCCUGAGUGGCCUGGACUCAGCCCAGUCUGAGGCACUGCGCGGCAUAGAGCUACGUGAGCUCAUCCUGCGGGGACACCUUGUGCGGCUUCACGGCUCCCCGGGCCGGGUCUUCACCCUCGCGGGCUGUCAGGACAGCUGGGAUAGACAGGGGGCAGGCACGUAUCUCAAUAUGCCUUGGAGUGAAUUCUUCCAGAAGACAGGCAUCCGAGACUGGGACCUGUGGGACCUGGAUAUACCUCCCCCACAGCGUUGCCUUCUCAAUGCCCGCCUCUUCCCCGUGCUCCAUCCCUCGAGGGCCCUGGGACCCCGGGACCUGCUAUGGAUGCUGGACCCCCAGGAGGAUGGGGGUGAGGCCCUGCGGGCCUGGCGAGCCGCCUGGCGUCUGUCCUGGGAGCAGCUGCAGCCAUGCCUGGACCGGGCUGCCACGCUGGCCUCCCGCCGGGACCUAUUUUUCCUCCAGGCCCUGCAAAAGGUGCGGCAAGUGCUGGAGGCACGGCAGGACCUCAGCCUGCGUCCGCUGAUCCGCGCCGCUGUCUGUGAGGGUUGCCCUGGACCCCUGCUGGCCAUGCUGGACCAGGUGGCAGCUGGUGCACAAGACCUUGGUGUGGCAGCGCGGGCACUGGCCUGUGUGGCGGAUGUGCUGGGCUGCAUGGCCGGGGGCUGUGGAGGCUUGAGGAGUGGACCAGCCGCCAACCCUGAGUGGACUCGGCCCUUCUCGUACCUGGAGUGUGGUGACCUGGCACGGGGUGUGGAGGUGCUCGCCCAGGAGCGGGACAAGUGGCUGAGCAGACCAGCUUUGCUGGUGCGAGCCGCGCGCCACUAUGAGGGGGCUGGGCAGAUCCUGAUCCGCCAGGCUGUGAUGUCCGCCCAGCACUUUGUCUCCACGGAGCCAGUGGAGCUGCCAGCACCUGGGCAGUGGGUGGUGGCUGAGUGCCCGGCCCGUGUGGACUUCUCUGGUGGCUGGAGUGAUACGCCGCCCCUCGCCUAUGAGCUUGGUGGGGCUGUGCUAGGCCUGGCCGUGCAAGUGGAUGGCCGCCGGCCCAUUGGGGCCAGAGCACGACGCAUCCCUGAACCAGAGCUGAGGCUGGCGGUGGGGCCUCGGCAGAACGAGAUGGCCGUGAAGCUAGUGUGCCGGAGCUUGGAUGACCUGCAGGAUUACUGCCAGCCCCAUGCCCCAGGGGCCUUGCUGAAGGCGGUCUUCAUCUGUGCGGGGAUUGUGGGUGUCUGCUCUGAGCUCCCACUGAGUGAUCAGCUGUUGCAUGCGUUUGGGGGUGGCUUCGAGCUGCAUACCUGGUCCGAACUGCCCCACGGUUCUGGCCUAGGCACCAGCAGCAUCCUGGCGGGUGCUGCCCUGGCCGCCUUGCAGCGGGCCGCUGGCCGGGCGAUGAGCACAGAGGCCUUGAUCCAUGCAGUGCUGCACCUAGAGCAGGUGCUCACCACAGGAGGCGGCUGGCAGGACCAAGUGGGUGGCCUGGUACCUGGCAUCAAGGUGGGACGCUCCCGGGCUCAGCUGCCCCUGAAGGUGGAGGUGGAGGAGAUCACUGUGCCUGAGGGCUUCAUCCAGAAGCUCAGUGACCACCUGCUCCUGGUGUACACGGGCAAGACCCGCCUGGCACGAAACCUGCUGCAGGAUGUGCUGAGGAGCUGGUAUGCCCGGUUGCCUGCUGUGGUGCAGAAUGCCCACAGUCUGGUGCAGCAAACAGAGGAGUGUGCCAAAGCCUUCCGACAAGGAAGCCUGCCUCUCCUGGGCCAGUACCUGACCUCAUACUGGGCACAGAAGAAGCUCAUGGCUCCAGGGUGUGAGCCCCUGGCCGUGCGACGGAUGAUGGACGUCCUGGCGCCUCACGUGCAUGGCCAGAGCCUAGCAGGGGCAGGCGGCGGGGGCUUCCUCUAUCUGUUGACGAAGGAGCCACGGCAGAAGGCGGCUCUGGAGGCUGUGCUGGCCAAGGUCGAGGGCCUCGGGAACUAUAGCAUCCACCUGGUAGAAGUGGACACUCAGGGCCUAAGCCUGCAGCUCCUGGAGAAGGGGGCCUCGAUUUGA